GCGGAUAUCGACAAGUCAAAAAAAUAUAACGAUAUUCAACUCUCGAGUACAAUUAUUUGGACUAAUACAGAGGUUAUUUUCUUAAAUACUGGACAGACAUUUCUUAUUAUUUUACCAAGAUAGAACUUACAGGCAUUUUUCCAUCAUUUUUGGAAUACCAUGCACCAACACCAGUGGAAAUGGGAAAAUGCUCUCAGAAAGUGUCUAAGGUGGAAAUAAUCCAAAUUACCAAAUCUAUCUGUGAGUUGUUUCUUUUGAAAAAUGACUGCUUGAUGAUUAAGUUUCAAGCAACUAUGAAGUGAGUGGAUGUUCUAGAGAGGGGCCAUAACUCUGGAUAUAGUGAGCGGACCCAGAUAAAAAAAAAUGGAGGUGCGCAAGUUCAUAUCAUGGUAAAGACUCAUGCAAGCACAUGGAUAAUUGGUGAACUGUAGUCGCAUUGAGACGAGUGAAUUAUUCGUUGUGCUACCUAAGGAAACACUAUUUAUUGCAUUGUGUAAAACUAAAACAAACAAUAUGAUGAAAAGCAAUAAACCAAUCACAUGUAUGCACUGAAAUAUUCACCACCUUGAAAUAAUUUUGAAUAAGUGACAGUAGACGGCAUAAACGGAUUACAUACAAAAGGUUGACGAGAAGAAUAUAAUCAUCUGACAGGUUCAAAAUGAGGUGUUCAGAGGCUUGUAUGUUGUGUGUAUAUAUUACAAUGUGUUUCUACAGUUUUUACUGGUUACAAGUGGCGACAUCGGACGAGUUUGCUGAAGUCGUUAGUGCGUUUCCUCCAAUAUGGCAUACAAACUACUAUGAACGAAUAGUUGGCGGUGGGUUAUGUAUGCCUGAUAUGAAACCUGCAGCUGAUCCUUAUAACUACAAUACAAAUUACACGGGAACAACGACAUGGGAUAAGCUUCACCCUGAGACAACUUUGAUUAUCAUUUGGUGCUCCGAAGGAUUUAAUGACCAGUCACUUGAAAAUGAUUUACAAAAUGGUUACAUAGCAAAAUUUAAACUACUUAUGCAUUUUCAGUAUCAAAAUUGCAAUCUGAGGUCACUAUCUAAAACCAUUUUCAAAGGGCUUUCUCGACUCCGGGUGGUAAUAUUAAGUUACAACAAACUUCAUUUUGUGAGUACAAACGCUUUUAACGACCUUGUUAGUUUGAUAUGGUUGAGAAUAGACUACAAUGAGCUGGAUAAUAUCACAACGGAACAUUUCUGUUAUACUUCUAAACUGGAAUUUUUGCAGUUAAGAUCAAAUAAAUUUGAUGGUAUAAGAGAAACACACAAUAUAAGUAACGGAACGUGUGCUAAUCUGACAUUUAAUUCUCUUGUUCUAAGCAAUAAUGCCAUUGUUGAAAGCAAAAUCAACUAUCGAUCAUUUCAUGUCAAUGGUGUUUUGUCACUAACAAACUGCAGCAUAAAGAAAAUAAGUAAAGAAUCAUUUGAAGGCCUUGAACACCUGUUGGAUAUUGAUUUGAGUGAUAAUGAAAUAACAAAUUUAGAUGAAAACACUUUUGAUUAUAUGAGAAAUCAAUUACAGAAAAUAUCUUUAUCAAAUAAUCGCCUAAACUAUCUUCACUCUGACUAUUUUAGAGCUUUGAAUAUAUCAUACCUUAUGUUGGAUCACAAUGAUAUUGAAUUCUUAAAUGGAUCAUUAUCUCACAUACAUAAUUUAAAAGUUCUGAAUAUUUCUUCAAAUAAACUUCAAUCUGUAUCAGGAUUGUUUCAGAAUAUGACUAAAUUAACAGUUCUAAACAUCAGUGGCAAUUAUGUCCAAAAUGUCACAGGAGACGAGUUUUACCUUACAAAUGGAAUUGAAAAAUUGGAUUUUUCUAGAAAUUGUCUGCUUAAUAUACCAGCAAAGCUGUUUGCAAAUCUUGAAAUGCUAAAUGAACUGUGGUUGAACUCAAAUAAUAUUACUGUUAUUAGCAAUAAAGCAUUGUCGAAAUGUACAAAACUCUCACAUUUGUACUUAAGCAAAAACAGUUUGGAAAAUAUAAGUCUCUUACAGCUGCAUUCAGACAAGUUUAUAUACCUUAACAUUGUUGAUAACAAACUCACAGAACUACCGACAGGGUAUAACGAGUCUAUUGGAAGGUGUUAUAGUUAUUUUAACUUGCAAACAUUGAAUGCGAGUAGAAACAAGAUUGAGACGUUUCAAGCGAAGUGUUUUUAUUCUCUCAGGAACUUAUCAUUGAGUUUCAACAACAUAGAACACAUUCCAGUUUUAAGUCAUCUGCCAAAGCUAAACCAAAUCGAUUUGAGGGGUAAUAGAAUUGCUGACCUUGCACCUGAAAAUGUUCUUUGUUCAGAAGAAAGCUCCUUGCGAAAACUUGAUAUUGGUGACAAUAAGAUUGAAAUCAUAGCCACUGGAAUUUUUGAAAAGUGUACAAACCUUGAAAUCUUACUUCUGGACAAUAACCAUUUAAGUGCUAUGGAUGUACAGUUUCCAGUAUCACUAAAGGUAUUACACCUUUCUCGCAACCGAUUUAGUUGUGAAUGUGCUUUGGCGCCUUUCGUAGACUACGUUAAGUUACUAAAAACAGAUAACAUUACUUGUUCUGUAAAUGGAAAUUACGUUGACAUUAAAGCAGCUGGUAUUAAACCCUGUGUAAGCAAUACACUUUCGCAUGUUCUUAUUGAAAGUCUGGUUCCUCCUGCAAGUUUUUUACUGCUAGCUGGAAUAAUAAUUGUGCUGAUAUUUCGGUAUCGAUAUGAAAUUGAAGUAAUCGCCUUCUAUAAAUGGAACAUACGUUUUCGUUGUUGCUGCAGAAAACGAAAGUCUGAUCCUAUGAAUUACAAGUACGAUGUUUUCGUUUGUUUUGCGGAAGAGGAUGUUAACUAUGUAAGAAACACACUUGUCCCACUUCUUGAACCUAAGUUUAAGUUGUGUAUUUACUACCGGGAUUUUCCAGUAGGUGAAGACAUUGCAGAAGCCAUUUUGGAUGUAAUAGAAUCCAGUGCUGUCACUCUUGUCGUUCUUUCUCAAUCGUUUAUCCAGAGUCGAUGGGGGACAUUUGAGUUCCGAAAUGCACAUCACCAUACUAUGCGGAGCCACGACAAAAAGCUCUUAAUUAUUGUCCUUGAAAAUUCCGUUUUGGAGAUGAAAUUAGACCUUACACUGCGAAGUAUAUUAUAUUCUAAGGCCUAUCUCACGAAAGAUGACAAACUAUUUGAACAGAAACUUUUGCAUGCUAUGCCAGAUCAUGCGUCUGAAGACCAAUCCCGUAUAAAUUUCGAGGUCGAACUACUGAUAAAUUGACCAAAAGCUUGAAUCGAAAUUUUUUCUACAAUGUAGAAUUUGAUUAAUCUCUUAAUUUUUAAUAACUUCAGAAUAUACCUAGAAAAUUCAGCAGAUAAAAAGGAUAGGGUCGUGUGCUUGAUUUUUUGCUAAACUGAUUUGAAAAAAUUGGAACUCUCGCAAUAUUUCAUAAUGGGAGUACUAGUAUAUGGGAAAAUCAUUACUUUCAUAACAUUUUCACGAAUAGAAAAUUUUCUACUAUGUAGAUUUUGAUGAAACUUCUCACAGUUGUAAAUAAACAUAUGGCCUAUAAUUUGGUGAAAUAAAAUGUAUAGGUCCGUGUGCAUUUUUUUGAGAUAUUUGACACUGAUUAAAGUGAACCGGACAUUUCAUGCUAAUUUUAAGACAUUAUUUUGAUUAUUUUAACGAGUCAUAUGUUUAAAUACCAUAUUUUGACUUUAGAAAUAUGGCAACAGUACCAUUGUAAUAAAUUUUCUCACAGAUUUCAAUUAACUAAUAAAAUGAUUUUCAUUUCCGUACGCCGAAUCCAGGCUUUAUUCUACGUUUUCCGGAUAAAUGACGUUAUCACUUCCGUUUUAUCAAACGUGCAGAACUACCCUAAACAGGUUAAUGUUAAACAUCAGUAUUAAUUAACUCAUGCUUAACCACAACAGUGUCCGAAAGAUCCAAAGCAGUGUUAAUCACGGACAGAAAAUUAACGUCCAUAAACAGAAGUGACGUCAGAUGUUAUAGUGACGCUCAAUAACAAAGUUCUAGUUUAGGUUUAUCAUUUGUAGCGAAACGUUAGGUUCUUGUCGUAAAAUAACGUAAUUUGAAUUGAGAAAUAUAAUAUAAGGAACGGAGAGAAACUAUUAAGGUAUCUGCUCUUUUCGUGUUUAACAUAAACGAUGUGUAAUCAGGGCUUGAAUUGCUAGUUGUCUUUAACAGCACGAGAGGCAUGGGGGUGUGUAACGGCCCAGUGUCUCGAAUGUCUCGACAUUUAUUUGAUAUCAUGAAAUUCUGAAAUUUCCUACUUUAAUUCACCAAUUGUCAGUUAAGAAUAGAUAAUUGUUCUGAUUCACAGAAUCGGGCUCUACAUUUAUAUCAUAAGGAAUGACCAUAUUUUCUUAUCUGAGGUACGAUGUUAAUCUUACCCCACCCACUCGGUUUUGCAUGUGUUUUAAAUGUUCAUUCUGAUGUUACUACGGAAAGUAAAUGUAUAUUCAUUUUAACAUUGUGUGUUUGAUGACCAUUUGAACUGUUUUUCAUGUUUACAGAUUUAUUUGUAGCUUUGCACCUAUACAUUGGACUCGUAUAUUUGAACUUGUUUAUCGCUUGAAAUCGCCAAAAAUUGUUCUGAGAUACGAUGCUCAUUAACUCUUUUAAAAGUUACUAAAAUGCCUAAAUACUUAUGAAAUCAAUAAUAUAUGUUAAAUACUUUAAAUACCUAUCGAAGUUUUCAUAUGACAUCGUGUUUUGUGUCCGUAUUGAUGAAGAAGAAGUGUGAAAUUUCCAUUUACUUCUGGGUAUAAAUACCAUAGACUAUAGUCUAUACCAUCGUAUACCAUCAUAUACCAACCAUAUCACAAGAAAAGGUAGAGUCUUACCGUUAUUGGUAUUAAACAAAUAAACGACUAAGUGGCGUAAUGUUAUAAAUAUGUAAGUUCCUUAUAGGAAUCUCCAUCUCCAGUGUUUAUACCGUGUAUAGUGUUUAUGGAUCUAUCGUAUUAGAUCUACAAGUGCCUAAUUAUCAUCAUACCAAUCGAAAAAGUGCCAAAGUGGGGUAAAUUCAUCUGUUAGUGUUAAACCUAAUUACUUAGCAGAACUAAUCAGAUGUUGCAUACCAAUUAUACCAAAUAUACCAAGUAGAUUUAUACCAAUUAUACCAUCUAUACAAAAUAUACCAACUGGUAUAAAGUUAUGCUAUACCAAUAGCCCGGAUACCUUUGAAAACAUUAGCAUUAUACCUCGUUAUACAUGUAGUGUACAGUGCGUAAUAUAUCUAAUUUGUACAGUGUGUGACAUAAGUAUUUACCAGAGUUUAACUAAUGUUUGCCACCAGCCGGGCCCAGGCGAACUCGUGUAGCACCUCUUAUAGAGCCACCACGUAACCGCUCGACUAAGGGGUUCGCUACAGGUGCCAUAUGGAUUUUGCAGGCAUGGGUGUAAUCACUGGAAAAGCCAGUCCGUUGUGCAAGAAUUCCUCGUCUGGUAUGGAAGAAAAGUUUGUAUUUUCUUCCGGAUUUUCUGUUGGCAAGUGCAAGCGCCGAAGCUGGAGUGUGACGUUGUAUGUUUUAGGAAUCUACGAACUUACACUAUCCACGAGCAUAUGCUAGACAUCUAUAUCUUUAUUGAAGUAUAUUUUGCAAGGUAUUUAGGAUCAUGUAUCAUUCAUAUUCGUUCACAUUCAAGUAUAGAUCUAGUUCAGUACCACUGAAAAAUAAAGAUGGUAUUUUCACUGUUUGAAGCAGUACAAAUAUCAAUUCUAUUUCACUGAUGAAUUUCAGUAUUUCACUUAAAAGUAUAAAAUAAAUAUGUAAACAUGUUAUUCAGCCACAAAUCGAUUACUUAAUUUUACGCUGUAGAGCCAGAUUGGCGAUACAUUAAUUUCUACUGUCAUUUAUGAUUUAUAUACAAAUAAACUUGUUAGAAAUUAUUAAACAUAAAUACAUCUUUAUAGAUCUCCAUCUUCCUGGAUGAUAUGUUGUUAUCCAGCUUUUAUACUAAUUCGUGAUUAUUGCAGUUGCAGUUGUUAGAAAUAGAUACAACUUCGCAGGUUUAGUUCUCAUACAUUGCCAAACAUUUUAAGAUUAGUUUUUUUACUUUGUUGCUUUUUAAUAUCAACAUUGGUCGUGUUAAACUCGCGUUUUCGCCCAGCCUAGCGAAAACACUAGAAUUAACAAGUUAAAAUUACGGGAGCGCGUGGCAAAAACUCGAUAUUUAUCGGGAGCGCGGAGCAAAAACAUGAUAAUUGGAGGGGUCGCGGGGCGAAAAGUCGACAUUUAGUGACUCUAAAUACCGUGUUUUCGCCCCGCGCCUUCGUCCUUUUAGUUACUAAAUCUCGACUUUUAGCCCCGCAACACCGACAAUAAGGGAGUUUACGCCCCGCGCCACCGCCAUUGUAAUGCUUGAAUUCGCCUUUUCGCCCCGCGACCUCGCUACCCUGCCAAUUUUUUUGCAACGCGACUUUUUGCAUUUUCGUUUUGUAAGUGUUACAUGUUGCAAUUUUCUAUGUGGCUAAUUUGUACCAUUUCAACGUUAUGUCCCGCGGCCUCGUCAAGCGAAAAACACGGAAAUUAAAAUGGUUUAAAUAGCGGGGCGCGGGGCGAAAACCCGCUAUUUAGCAGGAACGCGGAGCUAAAACAAGAUAGUUAGCGCUGCUUUAACGUCAAGGUUCCGCACCGCACUCCCGAGGCAUUUUGAGAAUAAAACUAUACUUGUAUUUAAAGAUACGCUCCGGAUAAAAAAACUGAAGACAUUUUAGAAUCGAAAGGAUCGAAAUUACACUUAAUUUUCGUAUUUAAAAUUUUUGUAAGGCGUACAGAAUAAUUCACAUGACGUCUACGCGCUCUUCGAAUAUUAUUUCGUGGGAUGUGUAACCUCUUCGCUGUUUUAAUUCUAUUAUGAAACCCCGGUCACGUUGACGUCACGUCUUUCUACUCUUUGGCGCCACGCAUGUGCCAAGAAAUAGUUGUCAUCGGUAAAUAUUAUGCAGUUUUAAACAUGUAUAUAUGUAUCUAAAGAAAAUUGGGAAAAGCCUUAUUAUGUAAAAGGCUGAUUAAACAGUUAAGAUAAAAACAAUAUACUUUCAGGGACACGAAUGUACUGCUUUCUUGACAAGACCAUAAAUAUCUUAAUUCUGUUCACACGGGUCCCGUUUUCUUAACCACGACUAGGAUGUUUUUAUAGAAAUGUACAAAAUGUAAGAAAAUAAAACAAACCAUUUGUAAGGAGAUUAAUUUCAAUGCAAAUGUGUAUUUCGAAAAUCACAUCAGAAAUGCAGAUACCUGUAAAAAUCAGUCAGAUAAACACUGAAAUUAGGUAUCAUUAAAAAAAAACAACAUUUUAACAUGUUUUUAACAACAGUAUUUGUUCAUAAAAUGUUUAUAACAAGUUUGUUCGUUCAAUUCCAAUAAUACAUAUGUUGAUACGAGAUAAGAUAUGGUGCGCUCGAGAUAAGAUGUCGUGCGCCCGAGAUAAGAUGUCGAGCGCUCGAAAAAAGAUUUCGUGCGUUCAAGAUAAGAUGUUGUGGGCACAAAAUAAUUUGUCGUGUGCACGAGAUAAGAUGUCGUGAGCCCGGGAGAAGAUUUCGUGCACAAGAGAUAAUUUAAUAUUGAAAAAAAUGUAAAUGAUAAUAAAAAUGAUAAAUGCAUGUCAUAAAGAUAGCACUGUUAAAUUGUUAACGAAAGAUAUUUCAAAAUGUGCAUAUUUUUCGUUAUUUGUAAAGCUAAUUGAAACAUAUAAAUGUGUAUUCGUUUUUUGUGAUCUGUGAAUGAAUAUGUUUGUGAUUAGCUUCAAAUGUAUGUAUACCUCUCUAAAUGUCUAUAAUAAAUUUGCUUGUACGCAUGUC